AUAUGAUUCUUCUACGUUCAUUUGCACCGUUAGUUCUCGACAAAAAUGAUGUCCAGUAAAUUUCGCGACUUUUCAUUACAGCAAUUGAUGUGACACAAAUUUUUGCCACAUGGAUAAUUUUAUGUUUCCGGAGAUUCCAAAAUAUGAAGCAGUGGACUGGAGAUAUGUAAUGAGAAGGCAGAUGCAGGAGAUUGUACCAAACCUGUAUCUUGGACCAUAUGCUGCAGCUAUGAAAUCACAGUUGCCAUCCCUACAACAACAUGGCAUCACACAUAUAGUGUGCAUCAGGCAAAGCAUUGAAGCUAACUUUGUAAAACCAAACUUCCCAGAAUAUUUUAAGUACCUUGUAUUAGACAUAGCAGACUGUAUGACAGAGAAUAUCAUCAGAUUCUUCCCACAGGUCAGAGAAUUUUUGAAUGACUGUUUCCAGAGCGGUGGUAAAGCUCUUGUGCAUGGAAAUGGUGGAAUCUCAAGGAGUGCUGCAUUGGUUAUAGCCUUUAUAAUGGAGACAUAUGGAUUAUCAUUCCGCAGUGCAUUUAUAUAUGUACAACAAAGACGAUUCUGUAUCAACCCAAAUGAAAGCUUUGUCCAACAAUUGAUUGGAUAUGAACCCAUUUAUAGAGCAAAACUGAACUUCCUGUAUGGUGACAGAUCAAGGGAUAAUUCUUACCUUAAGAGGAAACAUCCCGAUGAUGAUUCCUCAGAUGAUGAUGUAAAGGAAAUGAGAGUUGAUGAUGGAUGAAAUUACAUAAAACAAGGAAGAAUAAGAUGGAAGCUGCCUGCUCAAGUGGGUGAACGUCAGAUCAGAUAUAGCCAGUAUUACUUUAGUGAACCAUAGGUUGCGGUUAUAUAUUAUACAUUAUACCUGAUGCAGACUUCAUCACAGCUGGCAUUCUGUGAUGGAAGAACACCUUAUUCUGUGUAUAGCUGCAUUAAGUCAUGACAAAUCAAUUUUUAACUCACUGUCCAUAUUAUGUGAGUUCUUACCUGGCUACUGUUCAUCAAGAUAGGUAUAUAACUUUAUCUGACAGUGGCUCUAUUCAAUUUGAAUCAACUGUGCAAUAUCUUGUAUUUUUCCAUCAUUUUGAGGAUGAUAUCCAAUUAUUCAUUCUGUACUUAUAAAAUUGAUGAGUUUUUUUUCUGAAAAUACAGGGUUUAAUAUAGUUAUGUUUUGUCUGAAAUUAAAUAAAUGUUCAGGCUCUCCUGGUCUGUCUCACUUAGGCCACAAAUGCUGAAAGUUAGAGUUAAACAUCGGUUAAUGAAAUACUUAAAUUGUUGUUGCUGAAAAAACUAAAUGGUAGGCAAAUUGGACACUCAGUAUAUAUCAACCUGACCUGUCUCAGCAAAUCUACAGCUAUGAAAUGAUAAGAAUUUGUUUCAUUCAGGUUUAAAAAUUUUCACUUAUCACCAUUUAUCUCUAACCAGCCUGUAACAGCCAAGGUCAGAUCUCUAAGUUUCCUGUACUGUAUUUCUGUGUGUGAACUUGUGUAAUAUGAUUCGCAUGUGAAGUCCUAAUGAUAAUAAGAUGUCAAACUCUUGUAGACUGGAUGACUUAAAUAAUAAAUUUUAGUGAUGAUCAAAUUUAGGCACUUUUCAUGCAUUAUUACAUUAGUGCUAAAAUAUUGUUGACGUAAUUGCAGUUUUCUUAUGCUUAUACUAUAGUUAUUAUCAUUGCACAUUUGCCAAAAAGUGAUAAAAUGCUUAAAAUAGAUUCCCCCAUAUUCAUGACAUGUACAGUACCUAUACCAGAAAAAAAUUUGAUGCACCAAUAAAAAGAAUGUUUCCAAAGCAAGUAUUCUUUCGAGCUGCCCCACAAUCUUUAUUAAGGAUGUACUCUUCCAAGAAGUUAAAGAAUCAUAUUAGAUUUUUUUUCCUGAUGAUGAUUUUAGAAAAGAGAUUGAAAGCAAAAAAUUAAUAUGUUGCUGCAAAACUUUUUCAGGAAUAGGUGUUAGUAAAUGUGAAUUCAUUUUCAUAUAUUAUUACUAUUUUUUCUGCACAGCAACCAACAUAUGAAAAUAUUCCAAAUUGAUUUAA